GCAAAUCCCGUGUGCCGCACUGGCCGAGCCCACAUUCGAACCAAAGUCCCCCCGGGCCCCCCCAAGGAAAACCAUGUGCCGCGCCCGCCACGUUCCCACGCGCCACUAAAUCAGCAGCGCCCGGCCGCCCGGAGCUGCCAGUAGCGGCAACAGCAAAACAAGAAGCAGCCAGCUACCGGAGCACUAGUAAACAGUAAGCAGCAGAGAGCAUGGCGAGAUCAGGGCGGGAAGCGGAGCCCGGAGAGGAGGAACGGAAGCUGGUGCUGGGCAAGUACGAGCUGGGCCGCCUGCUGGGGCAGGGCACCUUCGCCAAGGUUUACUACGCGAGGGACCUGAGCGCCGGCGCCGGCACGGGCCACAGCUGCAGCGUAGCCAUCAAGGUGAUCGACAAGGCGCGGCUGCGGCGCACGGAGGGGAUGGUGGAGCAGCUGCGCCGGGAGAUCUCCAUCAUGCGGAUGGUGCGGCACCCCAACGUGGUGGGCAUCCGGGAGGUGCUCGCCAGCCGCUCCCGCGUCUUCGUCGUCAUGGAGUACGCGCGCGGCGGGGAGCUCUUCGCCAAGGUGGCCCGGGGCCGCCUCGACGAGGACCACGCGCGCCGCUACUUCCAGCAGCUGGUCGCCGCCGUCGGCUUCUGCCACCGCCGCGGCGUCGCGCACCGGGACCUCAAGCCCGAGAACCUGCUGCUGGACGAGGCGGGGCGGCUCAAGGUCACCGACUUCGGGCUGGCCGCGCUGCCCGAGCAGCUGCGCCACGACGGCCUGCUCCACACGCAGUGCGGCACCCCCGCGUACGUCGCGCCCGAGGUGCUCAGGAAGCGCGGCUACGACGGCGCCCGCGCCGACCUCUGGUCCUGCGGCGUCGUGCUCUACGUCCUCCUCUGCGGCUUCCUCCCGUUCCAGCACGACAACUACGUCAAGUUGUACCAGAAGAUCUUCAAGGCCGACUACCAGGUGCCGCCCUGGGUCUCCGGCGACGCGCGCCGCCUCAUCGCGCGCCUGCUCGUCGUCGACCCCGCCAAGCGCGCCUCCAUCGCCGAGAUCAUGUGCACGCCGUGGUUCAGGAAGGGCUUCGUGCCGCCCGUCCUUUCGCCCCCGGUGACGCCCAAGAAACAGCAGCUGGACGAAGGCGCUGCCCUCUUCGACAACGACGACGACGACAACAGCAACAGCAACCACUCUGGCGCCACCUCCCCUCGGUCGUGCAACGCGUUCCAGCUCAUCUCGUCCAUGUCCUCCGGGUUCGACCUGUCGGGGCUGUUCGAGAGCGAGCAGAAGACCGCGACCGUGUUCACGGCCCGCGCGCCGGCGGCCACCGUGGUGGAGAAGCUGGAGUCCGUGGCGCGCGCCCUAGGAUUCGAGGUCACCAGGGGGAAAGGCUGGAAGGUGAGGAUGGAGGCCAAGGCCGAGGGCACGAACGGACGGCUCGCGGCCACCGCCGAGGUGCUCGAGGUGGCCGUGGACGUGACCGUGGUCGAGUUCGUGCACGACGCCGGGGACGCGCUGGACUUUAACAAGUUCUGCGCCGUCGACGUCCGCCCGGGGCUCACGGAGAUCGUCUGGGCGUGGCAGGGCGACAGCCCCGCCGCCGCCGUCGGCACCGCGUGAACAAGCGUCCCCGUCUGUCACGUGGAAGUUGUAGCAACUUUGCGUAGGAGUUAAACACGGCUGCACUGGCACCAGCUUUUUAUAGCAUGUAAAGUUUCAAGUUCUCGUCGUUGCUUCGAGACUGCCAUGGUGGCUAGUUCGUUGUGUGCCAUAUGCUGUACAGGAAGGAAAGAGUCGAAUCGAGCCGGGGAGUUUUCGAUCGACUUGCCAAGUUUUGUACGAUCAUAACCUGUAUUUUCUGGAGAUGUGUGCAUACAAAAUUUUGCCCGUGAUCAAA